CUGCAAUACGAAGGAGGGGGGAGAAUUGGGGUGGGUGGGGGUUCUCUGCAUAUUCCAAGAGGAGACACCGGAUUGCAGAGGAGGAGAUCGGAGCGUGCAGAGACAAAGAGGCACUGGAAUGAUCCUGCUGGAGUUACUCUCUUGGUGGCAGCAGCUGUGAGAGCCCCUGAGCUGGUUUAGUUUACUCCUCUGCCAUGGCAUGGCCUGGAUCCUCUGAGAAGUCACCUCAGGGUUUGGUGACCUUUGAGGAGGUGGCUGUGUUUUUCACGGAGGAGGAGUGGGCUCUGCUGGAUCCUGGCCAAAGAGCUCUGCACAAGGAAGUCAUGGGGGAGAAUUAUGAGACGGUGACCUCUCUAGAUGAUGGGCAACACCUUGAGAAUUAUAGGGAACCAUGGAUGGUGUCAUCAUCAACAGGCAAGCAGGAAGCAGGAAAUGAAAGAGGAGCCAAAAGGCAUGAAGGAGACCCGUCAAAGAACUGGAGGAAAACACAUUCUACUUCUCAGAGUGGUGACAUCCACGAACAAUUCAUGCCACUAGAAGACCACAAAAGAAGUAUCAGGAAAGUGUCCCCAGUGUGUGGGGAAAGAAUUGGAGAUGUAUCAGCCCUAAAUAGGCAUUCAAAGAUCCGCAUAGGGGAGAAACUAUAUAAAUGCAGAGAGUGUGGAAAGAGCUUUAAUGAGAGUGGUAGCCUUACUAAACAUCUAAGGACACACACCGGGGAGAAGCCCUUUAAAUGCAUGGAGUGCGGGAAGAGCUUCAGUGUGAGUGGUAACCUUACUAAGCAUCAAACCCACACAGGGGAGAAGCCCUUUAAGUGUAUGGAAUGUGGGAAAAGCUUUAGUGUGAGCUGUAGCCUUACUGCGCAUCAAAGAAUCCACACGGGGGAGAAACCAUUUAAAUGCAUGGAAUGUGGAAACAGCUUUAGUGUCAUCUGCAAUCUUAUUAAACAUCAAAGAACCCACACUGGGGAGAAACCAUUUCAAUGCAGGGAGUGUGGAAUGUGCUUUAAUGGGAGUCUUACUAAACAUCAGAGAACCCACACAGGGGAGAAACCAUAUAAAUGCUUGGAGUGUGGAAAGUGCUUCAGUAUAAGCAGCAGUCUUACUAUACAUCAGAGAACCCACACUGGGGAGAAACCAUUUAAAUGUACUGAAUGUGGAAAGAGCUUCAGUGUGAGGAAUCGCCUUAACAACCAUCAGAGAACCCACACUGGGGAGAAACCAUUUAAAUGCAUUGAGUGCGGAAAGAGCUUCAGUGUAAGAGAUCAGCUUGCUAAACAUCAAAGAACACACACAGCAGAGAAACCAUUUAAAUGCAUGGUUUGUGAAAAGAGCUUUAGAGUGAGCAGUAGCCUUACUUUACAUCAAAGAACACACACAGGGGAGAAGCCAUUUAAAUGCAUGGAAUGUGGGAAAAGCUUCAGUGUGUCGUGUCACCUAACAAGUCAUCGAAGGACACACACAGGGGAGAAACCCUAUAAAUGCAUGGAAUGUGGAAAGAGUUUCACUGUGAGCAGUAGCCUUAUUUUGCAUCAAAGAGCACACACGGGUGAGAAACCAUUUAAAUGUACCGAGUGUGGAAAGAGCUUCAGUGAAAAUGGAACACUUACUAAACAUCAAAGAACCCACAAAGGGGUGAAGCCACAUAAAUGUAUAAAGUGUGGAAAGAGCUUUGGUGUACGUAGUAGCCUUACUGUUCAUCUGAGAACCCACACAGGGGAGAAACCCUAUAAAUGUAUGAAAUGUGGAAAGAGCUUCAGUCAGAGCAGUAACCUUACUUCACAUCAAAGAAUACACACAGGUAGAGACAAUAGAAAUUAAAUGUGUGUGUAAAGUGUUUCAGGAACAACAGAAGUCUUUCUGCACAUGGAAAAAAAAAAUCACACAUGGGGUGCGGAAAGAUGUAUGGCAACCCUAUAUUAAUAUAAUUAAAAGUGAGACUUGCUAAUAUAUACUGCAAAAAGUACAAUGUAUGUCAAAAACUACACACAGUCUCUGUAUGUAUGGAAGAUUGUUUUAAGAUAUUUUAAUUGUUUUA